AUGCGUCCUCGGCUAGUUGGUUGCCGCGACCGGGUUCUUACACCCCGAGUACCAACCCUUCGAACCCGAUUUCCAUGCCUCUCACGAACAUUGCACUGCACCCAAAUCACCACCAACUCGCGACCGAACCUCCCAUUUCUCUCAACUCCGGCCUCAUCUAAUGGCGUGCGAUAUUUCACCACCGAGCGAAGGCAAUGGCUAAAGCACGAGGCCAAGUUAGCGGUGCGAUAUACGGCUUCGUUCUGGGGUUUGUUGGCUUGCGUUGGCGUCAUUUUAUUCUUCGUCAAUGAGGAGAGGUUGGAACAGGAAUAUCCCACACCGCAUGAAUGGGGAUACAUGACGAGGAAAUUCUUGAGGGAUUCGAAUGACAGCAAAGCUCCAAAGAACGGAGAAAUCAACUGGCCCUGGUCAUUCGAGCUUGCCCGAGCGUUGGUGUUGCGACUGGAGGACCAUAAGGUUGACGGUCAGGGCGUCACAAAACUUACGGAUAGAGUCGAUCCAGAAGCGGAGAUCCCUGGGGAAUUCAAUCCGUGCGAUAUCUCCGGCAAGAGCGAGGAAUGGAGGAGAGGUUAUUUCGAGGCUAUCAUGCUCGCUGCCAAAGGCGCCGAGCAUGUCGACAACUGGGUUCGCGACCUUUCUCGUAAUAUUAUCUCACCCCCGGAGUUUGUUAUCGGACCUUCGAACCCUAGACCUGUGCCAAUUCCGCCAGGGCAGCCUCAUGCGCCCCGUGAAGAGGACUGCGAGGUAGCCUAUCCCAGCGCUGAUAACUUUUACAUGAAGAUCCUGGCCACCAAGGGCUUCACUCCGCGGCAGAAGCUCGAGGCGACACUCGAAUACGCUAGUUUCAUGGAGUUCAAGAAACAGCCAGAAGGUGCAGAGGCGUUGUACCACUUGGCCCUAGCCGAGGCUACCCAAGGAGUCGACAUGUCAAAUCCCCCUUACAACCUGAAGACAUUCGUCCUUAACGAGAAGGCCGGCCCGCCCUCACAAAACGUUCUCGAUGCUGUUACUGCUAUAGCGACCUUCAAAGCCCGUAGUGGAAAGGUCGAUUCUGCCCUCCCUAUUUACCUCUCUCUCCUCAAGGCCCGUCGGUACCUCUCCAACGACCCUCCUGCUACUGCUCGCGUAAAACCAAAGUCUAGUGGUGCCAUCAACAAGCUAUUCGAAACCUUUUCGCAAACUGAAUACCCACCUCCUCCAUCAGAUGGCACCCAACCCCCCUGGCGCAGUCCUCAUGAGCGUUGCCAGGAGGCUUCCCUGAGCCUAUGGAUCGGCGAGAUCCUCUUCUCCUCAUCAUCUAAAGAUGACGGCAUCUCAUGGACACGUGAUAGUGUUGAUGUUGCGGAGGAGCAGCUGCGCGACAUGGAUCUUCUGACUGCAGACAAGGCUGCUAAGAAGACCUGCCGCGAGUGCUUAAGCGCAGGGCUAGGUAACUGGGGUAAAAUGGUUGCCAAGCUUGCACAAGAAGAGGAACAGCGCCAAGCAAAGGGUGCUACAAAAUCGGGCGUCUUUUCUUUCUGGAGUGGUACACCACCAGAUGCCGGGGACCGAUGGACAGCAGAGGGUGCCGUGGUUCAAGAGCGCAUGCGGAGGACAAGAGAGCUAACCGAGGACCUCACACCAGCAGGACCAAAUCUGGCGUCCUUGUUCAAAGCGUAA